ACCAUACAAACAUAUGAACAGUACAAACUAGAGCGACAAAACAUACAAACAAAUUUACAAACAUUACAAAUGUAUGAACUGUACAAACAAUACAAACUAGACUGACAAACAAUACAAACCAUACAAAAAGAAAAAACAGUCGGGUUGACUUUGGAGGCUCCAGCCCUAUAUAGAUUAUAGAGGGGCUCCUUCCCAAAGUCAACCCGGGUGUUUUUUAGACAUACGAACAGUACAAACAUGGUGGACAAAAAUGACAAACUAGACCGACAAUCCAUACGAAUGGGAAAAAACACCCGGGUUGACUUUGGAGGCUCCAUCCCUAUAUAGAGAGGCUCCUUCCCAAAGUCAACCCGGGUGUUUUUUAGUCAUACAAACGGUACGAACAUGGUGGACAAAAAUGACAAACUAGACCGACAAUCCAUACGAACGGGAAAAAAACACCCGGGUUGACUUUGGAGGCUCCAUCUCUAUAUAGAGAAGUUCCAUCCAAAAGUCAACCAGGUUGUUUUUUAGACAUAAAAAAUAUUACAAACAUGGUUGACAAAAAUGAUAAACAUGGUGCACAAAAAUAACAAAGUUUACAAACAUUACAAAAUAACAAAGCGUACAAACAUUACAAAAUAUGUCAACAAACAUCACAAAAUUGGCACUGUCGCCGGAAAAUUGUUCUCCGUCCACGAUGGUCGCCGGAAAAAAAUUUUCCGACCAUAAAAUUUUCCGACCAGAAACUCUUUCUCUCUCUCUCUCUCCGCGCAAAAACAAAAGAGAAUGGCUGUGUGUGUCUGCGCAAAACAAAAACAAAAGGGAAUGAGGAUGAUAAUCCCACCCCAUCCAGGACGCCGAAAUCUAUAUCGCCGGAAUGAAAACCGACGAAAACCAGCAGCCGCCGGCGGUUGGUAGUAAGACGGGAAUUCAAGCGGCGAAAAAUCCCGCAAACAGUUUUUAUUUUUUUAAUAAUUGAUAAUUAAAUAAAUUUACAAUUACUAGAUUACCCUUCAUUAAAUGAGAUCAAUUACAACCCUUAGAUUUUAAUGAAGUUUAAUGGUUGAGAUUGCCUUAGCCAUGUGGCUAAGGGACCCCCUAGUCACCUGAUCUUGGCCCUUUUUUAGGGCUUUAAGAAAGGGUUAUUGACCAUGCAGAGACUUAUACUUUACUCUCUUUAGCAAAUUGGUCCUUCAACUUUCCAUUUUAACGAGCACACUCGUAGUUUAUAAAAAUAAAAAAAAAAGAGCACAAGUCCAUAUUUUUAUUGUAUUAAAGAAGCUGCUCUGUUGAUGAAAGAAAGAUUAAAGACAAAAGGUCUUAUCUUGUUUGUGGGGGCUUUUUCUCUCUCUCGUUUAGCGAGAGUAGCAUAGCGGCGGAACCCUAGGGUUUCCGAGGAAAAUUAGGUUUCCGAGCUCGAGAGAGACAAGGUUCUGGUUAGGAGGUCUGAUUAUAUCUAUAUUUAGGGAGUACAAAGGUUGUCAAACACAAUACCAAUACGAGAGGUGUGAGAUUUGGCGAGGCAAAAGGCUAUAGAGAUACAGAGUGUGGUUGCUAGGGUCUCUACGUUCGUACAAGUGUUGCUUUAAUGGAGGAGAGUAUUGAGAAAGGGGAUUCCUUGACGUCCCCUGUGGUGGAUACAGUUCCGCCUGGCUCAGAGGGGGAUUUACUUGAUCAGAUGGACAAGUUCAACAUCGAGGAUGAUGAUGAGGAACCACUGAUGGUGGAGGACUCUGACGUUGACGUUGUUAGGAUGGAAGCAUUCAGGCGGCUGGGGCUGUUUGGUAGAUUGGUCGCUGAAAAACAACCAAACAUAAAAUCACUGAAGAUAGCGUUAACAAAAGCAUGGAACACGAGGAAAAGCUUUCAAAUAACUGACCUGGGAGACAAGCUAUUUGCGUUCCAGUUCCUAGAUAUGGAUGAUAGGAACAAGGCAUGCUAUGGAGGGCCAUGGCAUUAUGAGAAUAAUAUUAUGGUUCUUGCCUCUAGCUUCUUGAUCAAGAAGCCGGUGCCUGAAGACCUGCAUAUGAUAGACCUGUGGGUUCAGAUUCAGGGUUUUCCAGCAGAGCUGAGAACUCAGAAGAUGGCAGAGAAAAUUGCAACAAGAUUCGGGACUCUAGUGUGGUUCGACAACAGUACAGGGACAAUGUGGGAUGACUAUCUCCGUAUCAGGAUUAAUCUAUCCAUUAAUAACCCUCUCAAGAAGAAACUGAAGUUAAAUAUUGGAGGAGAACUGGUGGAGUAUGUGGUCAAGUACGAAAAACUACCACUAUUCUGUCAUUCAUGUGGCAGGAUUGGGCAUGCUAAGCUCAAGUGUCCUAAACCAUCAGGGUUAGGGGGAGACCCUUUUGGGUUGGAUAUGAGAACUGGACCCCCUGGGCCUAGAAUUUGGAAGUCGACUAUGGCAAAGAAAGAAGAUGCAGAAAUUUGGGAAAUGUUGAAGAAGAAGUUUGAAAUAGAUAGUACAGGCUCUAAUUUUGACAGCGACGCACAGAGAGGAGAGCAAGCAGAGGAUAGCAAAAACAAAAAUACAUCGGGGAAGGAAGGAACAGUUAUGGAAGUGGAACAGACACCCCUCAUAACAGAAAGGGAGCCAUAUGACAAUGCAAACAAAGCGAAGGAGAAGAAGACUGAACAAGGCACUCAAUCAAAGGAAAAGAGGCAGGAGGAAAGUAAUGUGACAAUUGGAGCUUUGAAGAAAUUUACGAUGGGAAGUGAGGUAGAGCUUACUACAAAGAGGACCACUCCAAAUGUGUGGCGUAGACAAGAACAGAAGAAAGUGAGGCUGCCUGCAGGAAUACAGAUUACUCCACAGAAGAGGAGUAAAGAUCUGCAAGAAGGAGAAAUGGAAAUGGAGGUGGAUGAAAUAGUGAACCAUAAGAAGGCCAAAAUGUUAAACUUUACAGGGGAGCUGGACGGAACACAAAAUGGGUCUCAACAAAAGGUGGAUGGCGACAAGGCGGACUCUGUCGAGGAACAGAGCCGCCGAGCCCAAUGAAUGUAUUAAGUUAUAAUUGUCGAGGGUUGGGGAAUCCCUCGGCAAUUAAGAAGGUGAAGUCUU